AUGCCAAAAACGGUCAAUGUUCGCGUCACUACGAUGGACGCGGAGCUGGAGUUCUCCUUUCACCCAAACACGACGGGGAAGCAGCUGUUUGACCAGGUUUCCAGAACCAUUGGCCUGCGUGAGAUCUGGUAUUUUGGUUUGCAGUUUGUGGACAGCAAAGGGUUCAUCACAUGGCUCAAUGCAGACAAGAAGGUGAUGGCCCAGGACAUCCGGAGGGAGACACCGCUGCAGUUCAAACUCAGAGUCAAGUUCUUCCCAGAGGACGUGUCUGAGGAGCUGAUCCAGGACGUGACGCGCCGCCUCUUCUUCCUCCAGGUGAAGGAGGACAUUCUGUCAGAGGACAUCUACUGCCCUCCAGAGACCGCCGUGCUGCUCGCCUCAUACGCUGUGCAGGCCAAGUUUGGAGAGUACGACAAGUCUUCACACCAGACCGGAUAUUUGACCAACGACCGCCUGCUGCCCAAAAGAGUCCUGAACCAACACAAACUGUCCAAAGAGCAGUGGGAGGAAAGGAUCCACACUUGGCACGUGGAGCACCGAUACAUGCUCAAGGAGGAGUCCAUGAUUGAGUAUCUGAAAAUUGCUCAGGAUCUGGAGAUGUAUGGAGUGAAUUAUUUUGAGAUCAAGAACAAAAAAGGCACCGACUUGUGGCUGGGAGUGGACGCUCUGGGACUGAACAUCUACGAGAAGGAGGACAGACUGACUCCAAAGAUCGGAUUUCCCUGGAGUGAAAUCAGAAACAUUUCCUUCAACGAUAAGAAGUUUGUGAUCAAGCCUAUCGACAAGAAAGCCCCAGACUUUGUUUUCUAUGCUCCUCGUUUGAGAGUGAACAAGAGAAUCCUGCAGCUGUGUAUGGGGAACCAUGAGCUUUACAUGCGCCGCCGUAAAACUGACACCAUCGAAGUGCAGCAGAUGAAGGCCCAGGCCAAAGAAGAGCGUCUGCAGAGGAAGAUGGAGAGGGAUCAGCUGGAGAGUGAGAAGAAGAGGAGGUCGGACAUGGAGAGGGAGAAGGAGGACAUGGAGAGGGAGAAACGGGAGCUGAUGCAGAGGCUGCAAGAGUACGAGGAAACCACCCGCAGAGCUGAAAGAGAGCUGCAGGAGCAGUUGGAUCGGGCCGCGCGUCUGGAGGAGGAACGUCGGAGGGUGCAGGAGGAUGCUGCACGGCUGGAGGCUGAGCGCAUGGAGGCCAUCAUGGCCAAAGAAGAGCUGGCACGACAGGCGGAGGACCAGCUCAAGAACCAGGAGCAUCUGGCGGCUGAGCUGGCCGAAUACGAAGCCAAAAUCGCUGUUCUGGAGGAGGCAAAGAGAGUCAAAGAGGAGGAGGCAGACACAUGGCACAGCAAGGCCAAAGAGGUGGAAGAAAACCUUCUCCGCACCAAGGAGGAGCUGCAGACCGUACGGACGUCCAACUCUUCUUCUUCAGACAGCGAGAGUGACCACGAGCACAGCGAGGAGAACAGCACCUACAGCGCCGAGCUGCACCAACAUGAAAUCAAUGAUCACCGCGAGGAGGAGGAGCGGCUGACCGAGGCAGAGAAGAACCAGCGGCUGCAGAAACAGCUGGAGGCCCUGAGCUCAGAGUUGGCCUCUUCUCGCGACGACAACAAGAAGACGGCGAACGACAUGCUGCAUGCAGAGAACGUGCGUGCAGGACGAGACAAGUACAAGACGCUGCGGCAGAUCCGCAUGGGCAACACCAAGCAGAGGAUCGACGAGUUUGAGGCUUUGUAG